UUGUGUCGGCAGCGGGGCCAUGGCCGGGGCCGGGAGCGCAGCGCGGAGGCUGCUCCAGCCCUGCAGCCCGCAGGGCAGCGCGGAGGUACCAAAAAAGCAUCUGGCCCCUCUGGGAAAAGAGGGAGAAGCAGCCAAAGCCGAGGAGGAGCGGCCAAGCGAGGAGCUGCUGAAACAGACGGAAGCCGAGAGGCAGAAGAUCAUCUGGGAGUGGCAGGAGCUGCGAGGGUUUUUGGAGGGGCAGGAGCAGUGGAUGCUGUCCCGGCUGGAAGAGCUAGAGAGAGCCAUUGUCCAGAGAAGGGAUGAGGGCAUCUGCAGCCUGUCCUGGGAGAUUUCCCUGCUCAGUGAGAGGGGAGGAGAGAAGGGGCAGCAGCCGCUGAGCCAACCCCUGCAGGGUGCUGGGAGCACAGGGGGCAGCAGGGAGGACGGGAUGUUUCGGAGGCCAGAGCCGGGGUUCAUGGAGCUGGAGAAGAGACUCAGCGAUUUCUCUCUGAAAAGUGCCAUGCUGUGA